AUGGCACAGAGGCCGAGUUGGUUGCCGGAGAACUGGGUAUUCCAACAAGUACUUCGCACCUCUGGCGCCACUGCCGGAAUUAUUGAUAAAUACUACUAUGAAUCGAUCUCUGAAGAUAAAUUUCGAUCAAAGAAUGAGGUGAUUUAUUUUUUGGAAACGGGUGGCAAGAGCAACAAGGAAAGCGCUGAGAGUAGCAGUACUGAUUCUACAACAUCUGAGGGCCCCAAAAGAAAAAAGAAGAAGAGCAACUUGAAAACAAAGAAAGUUAAUACUCCUUUGUACUUUGAUUGUGCAAAUCCACCUGAGAGAGUGUGCUGGACUCAAACAGAUAGUUCUGUAGAUACUUGGGAGCCUUCUAUUAAUGGAAACAUGAUUUCUGAAAUAGAAAAACAAGAAUGGGAUGUUGUCUUCACAAGUGUAUCGAAGCUCAAGGUAAGCAACACUAAAAAAGAGGAAUAG